GUCAAAUCUCAGCCGGUAAAAAUAGCACUUUGUGUCACACAGAAACACACACGCCGUCACAUCUGAGUAAACAAGCUGGUGAAAGAGAGCAGGACGUGAGCAGGGACUCUCAGGAGUAGAGAUGGGUUUGGGAAGGAAGCUGGACGUCCCGGUCUGCGAUCUCUCUCUGCUCAAGGGGAUCUGGGAGGUCCGAGUGAAGAAACACAGACAGAGACAGAAGAAGGAGCAGGAGAGGGUCGAGAAGAGCGCGCUCCCAAAAAUCGACCAGCAGUGGCAGUAUCGUAUCUAUUGUAAGACACUGAAGACUCAAGAACGUGACCUGCUGCAUCAUUACCUGGAGAGAUCUACACUGACUGAUUUACAGCCCUACACAGAAGCAGAACAGCAGGAUCAGAAAGACCCACAGGAUCAAAAGGAUCCAGAGCAGAGCAAGCUGAUCUUACGGCUGGAUGGAGAUCGUUGGACGGAGUUCCCCAGAGAGCUGCAGUGGAUGACCUACCUGAAGGAGUGGCACGUCACAGGGACGCAGAUCCGUAAGAUGCCUGACUACCUGGCAUGCUUUACCCAGCUUACAGUGCUCGAGAUCCCCAAAAAUGUCAUCGCAGAGCUGCCGCCUGAGAUCGGUAAACUGACAGAACUGAGGGAAUUAAACGUCAGUUACAACCGUCUAUCCAAAGUUCCUCCAGAGCUCGGAAACUGUGAGAACCUGGAGAGGCUCCAACUGGCAGGAAACCACAAUCUGUCCGAGCUGCCGUUUGAGCUGAGCAGCCUGAAGCAGCUGGUUCACCUGGACAUCGCGGAGAACAAGUUUAUAUCGAUCCCCAUCUGUUCUCUGAGGAUGAGCAACCUGCAGCAGCUGGACCUGAGUAACAACCGUCUGACCGACCUGCCGCAGGACAUGGACAGGUUGGAGAAGCUGGUCACCCUGUUCGUCCAUAAAAACAACCUUCCGUACCUCCCUCACUGUCUCUGCAACAUCUCCACGCUCAAGAUGAUCGUCGUCAGCGGUGACGAGCUUAUCUGUACCCCAACCAAACUGUGCUACAACCCUGAAAUCAAGUUUAUUCGACUGUACGACAACCCAACCAGUGAAGAGAAGAAGAAGAAGAAGGAGGAGGAGGAGAAGAAGAAAGAGAACAAGAAGAAGAGGUGGAGACAGCCGAGAGAGGAGGAGGAGGUGAAGAAAGACAGCAGAGAGAAAGAGUUUAUGGAGGCGUACAUCAGCUCGUUGGAGGACAGAGACGCCGUCCCCUACUCCACCACCAAGGUCACCAUCUCCUGUCUGCUGUGAGGACUAGUAAGGUGAAGAGAGAAAAGGAAAUUUGAAUGUCUCAAAGAUAAUAUGAAGCUGCACUUGUCAAGAAUUUCUUUAAAUCAAAAAACAUUAAAAAAAACCUCAACAAACCUUGAUAACUACUC